GGGAAAUCAACAAUCACAAGAUCAUCACUUGGAUAAGUAACACUGUUAUUGCAUCCAUAAUUAUGCAACUUACUGGUUUUGAAGAAGCCAAAGAAGCAUGGGAUUUUCUGGCUAAGAGAUACACACAAGUCGAUUUUGCACAAAGAUACAAGCUUGAACAAGAUAUUCGAGCCUUGGAACAACAACCGGAGCAAACAAUAUCUGAUUUUCACUCCGAAAUGUCAAUUGUAUGGAAUCAACUAGCACUUAUGGAGCCUAAAUGGACAGUUGAUGUAGAAUUGUGGCAGAAAUACAGAGAAGAAUCACGGCUUAUUCAACUCUUAAUGGCUUUAAGGGAUAAGUUUGAAUCUGUGAGAGCUUCUAUCCUUCAUAGAAAUCCAAUGACAACUGUAGAAAGUGCCUUGUCUGAACUUAUUACUGAAGAGACGCGCAAAAGAAUCAAACCAGAUAUUCCGGCAGUUCUUGCAGUAUCUUCUCGUCCAAGCUCUAAUCCAAGCUUUAGUUCACAGAGAAACUUUUCAGCCUCAACUUAUCGUGAUCUUUCCCAAGUACAGUGUCACAACUGUAAGAAUUAUGGACAUCUAGUAAAAAAUUGUCCAUCACAUGUGAAUAUCAGUAAUUCCCAAGGCAACUCUCAAAGAUUAACAAUGCCAAAUUCAACACCUUCACCAGGCACACCACAAUGCAACUACUCCAAGGAAUUUGGACACAUUGUAGGAAACUGCACUUCUCCAUCUUCAAGAAAUAUGAGAAACAAGAGAAGAUUUGGCACUACUGCUCCAUCAUAUUACUCUCCAGGUCAUGUUACUGCUGCACCAUCUCUAGAUCAAGAACAUGACUCAUCAAACUCUACAUAAAAUAACUUUGCAACUACAACAAACUUGGCAGACAUUCAAGAGAAGCUGAAACAAGCUCUUGCAAUUGGUAACAAUCCUACAGCAGCAACUGCAUUUUCAGUCCCUUCAGGAUCCCAAAACAGAGAGGCUUAUUGGGAUAGGACGUAGAGCUGGUCAUCUUUACCUCCUGGAGUCUCUUGUUAUUCCUCAAUUCAACAAUAAACUUGUUGCUGCUCUAGCUUCUACUUUACCGCCCACAGUUUCUCCGUUUAUUUCUUAGCACUCUAAGCUUGGUCAUGUCUCUUUUUGUCGUCUCUCCUAUAUGAUUAGUAAAGGGUUGCUAGGUUUUGUUCCUUUAG